CGCUUCAGAGGUUUUUUGUUUUUUUUGUAAAAAAUGGGUUUUGCCAAGUUGUUGAUAUUUUUGGGAGUUGUGGUUGUUGCAGCAGCACAGAGUAUCUCCGAUAAUUCCACCAUACAUUCUGAUUAUUACAUCGAUGCUAAUCGACGCCAUUACCGAGAGAUGGUCAAGGAUUAUGAUCAAAAGUUGCAUGAAUUUGAGGCUGUCUACUCUGGGCGCAUUCACACCAUAGACAUUCAAUUGGACUUCCUAAUGGAUGGCUUAAAUGAAGUUGAAGAGGAGUUAAGUACCUUGGAGUUGUUAAGUGAUUUUACCCAACAAUGUGUUAAGAAUUAUAAACAUCAGCUACCCGGUGAGACGAAUACCACAAUUGUGAUUCGCAAUUGUUCUGAUACCGCCAUGAGCCAUUAUAAGCAUUUGGUAGCUGCCCCCAUCGAUACACGCAAUGAAAUGGAAUAUUAUUUGAAUACCACAUUCGAAAUGAAACUGAGCAACUGCAAUGGUAUCAGCAAUAGUUCCAAUGCCACCAAUCAACUGAACUACACUCUGUGUGUUACAACUGUGAUUUCUGAAGCCAAUACCUUUGCCAUUAUUAAUCACAAAACUUUCGAAGCUCAAAUGGCUGCUGCCAGCUGUUCCGCCGAUGGUUAUGUUAAGACUGCUUUGGAUUGCAGCUUCACCGCUCAAAGCCAAGCCCAGGCGGACAUUGCUGGCACCAAAACCCAUAUCAAUAGUUGUGUGAAAGGUCUGGAUUGCGCCCCUACCUCAGGCUAUCAUUGUCAAUAUUCGGAAACGAUUCCCGCCAGUUCGGUCAAUAGCACCAAUGCAACAAUGCCGAAUCCUUUCUAUGGCCGUAAUGAAACUUAUGCUUGUUUAAUGUUGGAUAUUGUCUAA